AUGCCUUCUUUCAUCGUCUUCUCUCCUUUACUACACUAUAUUUUUGUAACAGGUAAUCUCAAAAACAGCCGUCGUUCCUCUUACUUGCUGGCCAUUACCACAGAGCGGUCCAAGUCAUGUGACGAGGGUCUGAACACCUUCAGGGAGGAGGGCUGUGUUUUCUUGAGACUACCAAAACGUGUCAAAAGCUUUUUCGCAGAUGGCUCUCUAGAGAAUCUUCGAGCAGCAGAGAAAGCUCGCUCAACCUUUGAACUGGGGAACAUCACUCUGACUGACAUUAGGAAAGAAGGCUGGCUGCACUAUAAACAGAUUCUCACUAAUAAGGGAAAGAAAGUGGGCGGAGGCAUGCAGCCUUGGAAACGAGUCUUCUCUGUGCUGCGCUCCCAUUCACUUUACCACUACAAGGAUAAGCGGGAGGCAGUACUUCACGCUGCUGGGGCAGGAGUUCACGGUAAUGGACAAGGAGAGGACAAGCAGCCAAUCAGCAUUCGAAGCUGCUUGAUUGACAUUGCAUACAGCGAGACAAAGCGUAAACACACCUUGAGGCUGACGACGCAGGACUUAUGUGAGUACCUGCUUCAGGCGGAGGACAGGGAUGACAUGCUGGACUGGAUCAGAGUCAUCAGAGAGAACAGCAAGACUGACAAUGAGGAACUGGGCUUCUCCAAACACGCUCUCACCAAUAAGAAGCUGAAUGACUAUAGGAAACAGAGUCCAACAGGCAACAAGCCAGACACUUUUCCAAGUAUCCAUCGGAUGAUGCCACCUUUCCUCCACUCUAAAGCUGAAAACAUGUCAGGAGUGAACCGAUCCCCAGGGAAAGAUGAGAGUACUAAGGCUUCAUGGGGCAUUAACAUAUUGAGAAAGAGAAAGAAAACUGGUCCAAAAUCUUUUGGGGUAAGGCUGGAGGACUGCCCGUCUGCUGCCAAUAAUAAGUUUGUCCCACAGAUUGUAGAGACUUGUUGUCGUCUGGUGGAGGAGAUGGGUUUGGAAUAUACUGGCAUCUACAGAGUGCCAGGGAACAGUGCCAUCGUGUCUUCCCUUCAGGACCAGCUGAACAAGGGCAUGGAUAUAGACACUACUGAGGAGAAAUGGCAAGACCCGAAUGUCAUCAGCAGUCUUCUGAAGUCCUUCUUCAGGAAACUCCCAGAGCCCCUUUUUACAGAUGAUAAAUAUAAUGACUUCAUUGACGCUAACCGUUUAGAGGAUGCAGGGGACCGCUUGAAGACCAUAAAGAAACUUAUACGUGACCUGCCAGAUCACUACUACCACACACUGAAGUUUUUAACUGGUCACCUGAAAACAGUUGCAGACCAUUCAGAGAAGAAUAAGAUGGAGCCUAGAAAUCUGGCCUUGGUGUUUGGCCCCACACUGGUGCGGACCUCAGAAGACAACAUGAUCGACAUGGUCACUCACAUGCCAGACCGCUACAAGAUCACAGAGACUCUCAUUUUGCAUCAUACGUGGUUCUUCAGUGAUGAGCUGGAUAAGGAAGAGAAGACACCAGAGGACCAGCAGGACAUAGAGCCUGUUCCAAAUAUUGACCACCUCCUGUCUAACAUUGGUAGGACGUUGUUGUUAAAAGACACCUCAGAUUCCACCAAUAGUGACUCAGCUAAAUCUAAGGGAACAUCAACAUCUAAGAAAGACCUGAGUGCCAAAGACUUCCUCCCCAUGUCUAUAAUAUCAGCCAUGACCCGGAAGAGAAAGAAACACCAGAGCACCUGCCCUGCAGACAGCAGCACUGAUGAAGACUCUGAGCAGGAGUCAAUCAAAGCCAGCAUCUAUGAGGAAAUGAGUGACAACAGAGAGGUUCCAGGGGAGAGAGAAGCAAAACAAAGCAAAUGCCCAUCCCGAAAAUCAAAAGAAGAGACUGGGGAAGUCAGCAUGAUGGAGGGGAAAAAAACGGAGGACCAAGAAGAACUGAGGGUGGCAGAGGAGAAGAACACCAUUCUUCAGAAGGAACGGGAUAAGAUAGGAGUGGAGGUUUGUAAGAGAAAACAAACAGGUCGGAUUCGGUCUCAGCGCCCUCUGAGCUACCUGUAUUCACACCACCAGAGUGUGUCAGGGCUCAGAGCCUCAUCGCAGUCGACCAAAUCUUGUUUCUCCACCUGCUCCAACCCACCACAGCCCUCAAAUAUCCCUCACAGUCUCACCCAGAGGAAACUGAGAGGAGAAAGAUUGCGACCUCACACAUUGUAGGUAUAACUGAGCCGGAAUGGAAAGGAGCAGGGCUUGGGGGCGAUACCUGCCUCUUGCAUGCACAAUCUGGGCCUCUCACCAGUCAAAGAAUCACUUGUUAGAGGUCAAGAGAAGCUGCGUCAGUGGAGCAGCACGGAUGUCUUCAACAGGACUGCAUUUGUAAAGAGCAGGUCAACUGAUCAGCCCAUGGCCUGUGGACAUGCAGGCUUACCAGAGACACGCUGCAAGAAACAUGAAACACAUAAACAACCCCUUGCCAACUUUAGCCCUGCUCUUUAAAAAGCUUUAAUGCUUUUGUUUUUAACUUCCUCCUGCACAAGAGGAGGGCUACUAUGGCAGCUACAACCAUAUGACAGCACCGUUCUCAUUACAAGAGUCAAAAGCAUUAUUAAGUACCUACAAACAGAUGCAGCAAAGUAUUUUGAGUGUUUGAGUGUGAAAAUGCCAUUCUGUGCUCCCACCAUCUCACUGAAUAUUAACCCGCUUAUUAUACAGCUACUUGUCAAAUAUAAAAAGUAAUUUUAGUUUAGCUGAAAUUAUUUUACAUUGAUAUUAUCUUAAAGCUUUUGCUAAGAAAAAACUAGCCCAUUACAAUGUACAAAACAAUCAGCCUGGCAAAAAGUCAAAAUUGAGACAUGAGAAUAUACGCUAUCAGGAAUUUUCCUUGAGGGGGAAAGAUUUCCCCACACAGUUUUUACAUCAGGUUGGUUACAAAUUUGCUGCACUGACAAACAGAAAGCUGCUUUGGUUGAAAGUGAUUUCUGUGUGAGCUAUGCUUUAUACAUUCUUUGCAGCAGUGGUGGCUCCAGGAUUUUUUUGUUGGUGGUGCUAAGGGGGGGCUUAACAGUUCAGAGGGGGUGCUAAAAAAACUAAUUAAAUAUAGAGAAAGUAAUGAAUGCCUAAGCUUCAGCUAUCUAAGCAUGCAAAUUCAGCCACCUUGUGUUUUUUAUAUACAGCAGCUUCGAAAGAGGCAUUUUUACAUUUUCUG